AUGCCGACCAUCCAAGGAAAGAAAGUCGGCAACAUAGGCUUCGGCCUGAUGGGCUUGACAUGGCGAGAAUCCAAGCUAUCGGACGAUGAGAUCUUUCCCGUCAUCAAGGCUGCUCUCGAUGCCGGCUGCAACUACUUCAACGGCGGCGAGUUCUAUGGCCCGCCAGACCACAACUCCCUUACCGUGCUCAAGCGUUACUAUGAGAAGUACCCAGAGGAUGUAGACAAGAUCCUCCUCAAUGUCAAAGGCUGCAUGCUUCCUGGCUUGUUGGCCGAUUCUUCACCUGAGGGUGUUCGGGCCAGUAUCGAGAACUCGGUCCGCAUGAUCGGAGGCCAGGGAAGGAUUGAUCAGUUCGAGGCGGCCCGGAAGGACCCCAAGGUCGACAUUGAGGUGACGAUGAAGGCCAUGCAAGAACACAUUGAAGCCGGAGAUAUCAGGGGCAUCGCGUUGAGCGAGGUCAGCGCCCAGACGAUCCGUCGGGCUGCAAAGGUGGCCAACAUCACGGCUGUCGAGAUCGAGCUAUCCAUCUGGAAUACCGAGCCACUCGAGAACGGCGUGCUUGAGGCUUGCGCCGAGCUUGAUAUUCCUGCCAUCGCAUACAGUCCACUUGGUAAGGGCUUCUUGACCGGGCAAGUCAAGUCCUUUGACGAUAUCCCCGAGGGAGACUUCCGGCGGAUGUUGCCUCGGUUCCAACCUGAAGUUUUUGAUACCAAUCUUCGACUGGUUCGGAAGGUAGAGGAACUAGCGACGAGAAAGGGGUGUACACCAGCUCAAUUGGCCAUCAACUGGGUGUUGGCCCUUUCUAAACGACCUGGGAUGCCAACAAUUAUCCCCAUUCCUGGUGCAUCAUCGCCGGAGCGCGUUCGGGAGAACGCUGUGGAAAUAGAACUGACAGUGGAGGAUAUGGCUGAUAUUGAAAAGAUCCUCAAGGAGUUCGCUCCGGUCGGCGACAGAUACCACAAGCAUGGCAUGGAGCUUCUCGAUAACUGA